GUUGGAGUUAAGCCAGUCGAGAGAUCUCCGUUAUAACCCAGUUUAUUUACAUUGUGUCAUGAUAAAUAAUAAUAAUAAAACACAUUUAAAACGUUUUUUUUCCAGUAAGGACGUUUGGACGCACUGAUCGGAUAGGCCUACGCUCGGGAACACGCCACCACCUUUACAACAAAUGAAUUCUAUAGCCUACGGACAAAACAGAAACGUUUGUCAACAUGUUUGGUGAGACAUUUAAGAACGUUUCUAUAAACUUUACCUCGCCCCAUCCGAAUUGCACAUUUACUAGCGGUGACAUGGUCUCGGGUGAAAUGAGAUUGGAACUAUCCAAAGAUGUCAAGAUCCAGCACAUAUCCAUGACCCUCAAAGGCAAAGCGAAAGUCCGAUGGACCACUCGUAGUGGAAGUGGGAAACGCCGUAGAACACGGGUACACACAGCAAAAGUGGAAUUCUUUAAGUUGGAAAGUAAUGUUGUGCAAGGGCAGAACGAUGAUGAAAUAGUUCUGAAAACAGGCAUCCACGUGUAUCCUUUUCGCUGCCAGAUUCCUCAUGGUGAUUUCCCAACUUCUUUUGUUGGGCUUUAUGGACGAAUACAGUAUGCAGUGAUUUUUGGAAUACACCGAUCAUGGCACAUGGCCAAGAAAUUUGAAUCCGAGUUCAAGUUUGUAAACCCUGUUGAUUGCAAUAAUCCUGCACUUUUGGUGCCAAUAUCAGCAGACAACAGCAAGACUGUCUGUUGCCUUUGGUGCGCCUCUGGGCCCAUCACAAUGAAUGUACGAUUAGAAAGAAAAGGCUUUGUUCCAGGGGAGAUUUUAAGAAUUUCAGCAGAGUUUGGAAAUGGUUCUUCUCGGAGAGUUGUGCCAAAGGCUGUCCUUGUUCAGAAACAAACAUACACCGCAGGCAGUUCUAGAAAACUUGUGCCCAUAACCCUGGUCAGCGCUAUUGGCCAAGAGGUCCAACCAAAUCACUCAGAUGUGUGUUGUGACAUAUUGCUUACCAUCCCAGAAGAUACUCACACAAGCAUAGCUAACUUGCCGAUCCUUGAGCUUGAAUAUCAUGUCAUGGUGAGUCUGGACAUAAGUGGAGCCUCCAAUCUCAACACGUCAUUACCCAUUGUGGUCUGCAACAUUCCUCUCCAUCAAGAGGAGUCCCUACCUCCUCCAUAUUGGAUGUUUGCCAAAACUAACAUUUCAUAACAGUUUAUAAAGGUCUCAGGGGUUUCAUACUCUUCAUACUUUUCUCUCAUACUCUUUAUAACUCCAUUUGGAUUUGUUACGCCUUUGCAUGUAGGCCUACUAUCUCCAAGAAUAUGAUAUGGACUGUGCUCCAUAUGUUACAAACCCAAACCUUUGCCAGUACUUUGAUGUACAGUAAGUAAAGCUUUUGUGUUUAACUAUUGUAUGUUUAACGAUUACAAGUGUUAAGAAAACCAGCUAUUACUAAUCAUGUUAUUGACAAAGUUUUUAUUUGGUUAUGGUGAUUGUAUUUAGCAGAUGCGUUUAUCCAAAGCAUUUUACAGAAUAAGAACCUUACAAUUGUUAAAAUUAACAGUUAACAGUUUUUAGAAGUUGGUAAGCCAACAUUGAACAAAGUAGUAAUAAUAACAAUAAUGUUAAUACAAUGUCAAAUAUCAAAAAUGAAAAUAAACAAAUAUCAUAAAUAUACAGUACAUGCCAUAACACUAAGAAUGAAUGAAUGAAGUGUAAGCUGAAGUCUUUAGACCCCUCUUGAAAGACCCAAACCAUCGCAGGUAUACAGAAAGCUAUGCAACUCACUCCACCAACUUGCAACCACUGAGGAAAAGAGUCCCACAGCAUACACUCAUUAUAGAGGACUGAUAUAGGCAAUGGGGGUGUACUGUAGAGUUGGAUCAGGGAAUUGAAAUAGUAAGAAACGCGUCCAUUAAUGUCCUAUAGACCAGAGUGAGGGAUUCCAAUUUACUAUAUACUGUAUCCGAUGGUAGAGUAGUGCCUAAGAAGCUGGGCUAUCAUGCAGUAGCCUGAAAAGCUGUGUGUUCCUGGCUUCCACAAAUUGUGCCCUUCGGUGUGACCCCGAGUUGCUUUGGGCAGAAUGGCCCACGUGCAUUACGAUAUGUAUGUCGCUUUGGAUGAAACGUCUGCUAAGUACGAUAUAUUUGGUAUCUUGUAUAUACAGUAUAUAGUUGUAUACAGUAUAUAUAUUGUAUCAUGGGGUAAGUGGUGUAAGUGUAAUUGAGUGCCUUUCACUUUAAGAAAUGUAAGAGGGUUGCUAAGGCUAAUUCGCUACUUGCACUAAAGGCUCUAAUCAUGGCUCUAAUACGCCCAUUUGUUUUCCGGCAUACUAGGAGCAACACCCAACCGGGUCCGUAUAGACACUAAUUACAUUAGCCAUAGUGGCAGGUUCAAACACACCUGGCUCCGCCGGAAAACAAAUGAGCGCAUUAGAGCCUUUAGUAGCGAAUUUUCUUGGAUUUGAAGAUAAUCUCACAGUUUUUGGACUGUGUCACUACCGGUGUUAUUUAGGCCACUAGUGGAAAUUACUUGUGCAUAAGGAUAUGUGGAAUUAAUUCAUUGUUUUUGUAUUGCAUAUGAAGUAAAUCUGGGAAAACCAAACAAAUUGAAGACACUCCUUCUUGAAUCAUAGAAGUGAUAGGUUAAGUCUGGGAAAAGUGUUAA